CGAAACCAUAUGAAGUAUAGAUACACGUUCACUAUCAGAUCGCUUCAUGCAGGCCUUCCAACAACCGUCCCAGCAGUCUCUCGCAGGCAGAGGCAGGGUAGCCACUCUCGGCAUGUUCAUCAUUGACCACUUUGAAGUCCAUGAUGAAGACGGUAAUCCGGUCCCUGCCGAUGAAGAAGCCAUAGGCGGAGGGGGAAUUUUUGCCAUGAUUGGUGCUCGCCAGUUUCUCCCCCCAACUCACUGUAGUCUACUGGUAGAUAAGGGAGAAGACUUUCCAGAUAAAUUUGUUCACGACUUGGAAAGUCUGGGGAAGGAAAUGGUUUGGUUCAGACAUAGAGAAGGAAAGACUACCAGAGCGCUGAAUAUUUACUCCGGCAGACGGAUAGGUGAAGGACAUCAGUCAUUUAAGUAUCUUUCCCCUCAACUUCAAAUAACACCGAGAGAUCUGGUUCUGCCUCCGUCACCAUUCGCUACACCCGUGCCUCCGGAGUGGAUCCAUGUGGUCUGUGGGGUGCCUCGAAUGCUCGACAUUGUGGAUGAGCUUGAAUUUCUGGAAAAACAGAGGCAUUCAUCGACUGGCUUGAGCCUCAUCAAGUCACGUUUGGUCUGGGAACCUUUACCCUUCAGCUGCGUUCCGGAGGAAUUGAAUAACAUGGUAUCUCUGUCUUCUCGAAUUGCCGUAUUCAGUCCCAACCUCCUCGAACUUCAGUCUAUACUCAGUAUUCCACACUCCUCACCGCCAGCACACUCACAUGUCGAACUCGCUGCCCAGCAGUUUCAAACACUACUCUUGAACCGAUCUUCUGGGUCUCAAAUACCCUCUAUCUUUGUUCGUGCAGGCGAGCUUGGUGCAUAUACGCUGUCAUCAAACUGGACUGGGUGGAUUCCCGCAUUCUGGACAGAAGCAGAUCAAGACAAGAUUGUAGAUGUAACAGGAGGAGGAAACUCUUUCCUUGGUGGAUUAGUGGCAGGUCUGCUUAUCUCAGAUGGUGAUAUACGGACAGCAUCCAUAUACGCCUCGACUGCUGCAUCGUUUGCCAUCCAACAACGUGGCCCGCCCUGUCUGCAACAAUUAAAUGGAGAAGAACGGUGGAACGGCGAAGUUGUCUGGGACCGAUUGAAUGAGAUGGCAAGGAGGGUGAGCCAGCAGGAAGGCGUAGAUCGUAGGUCGUAAAGAUCGUCGAUUCUUGGACCUGGGAAAUCAUGCAUAAUG